AUGCAGUGGAGCUUUACAUUCCCUCCCGUUGAUUUCAGAAUCCAGGUAGACAUGGAGAACGCCCCGGUACACACCAAUGUCUACGCUCCUUUCUUCAGCUUGAUGAUCUGGCUUGCAUCGACACUGGUAGCAGUCCUGCUCUUCCGCAGGGUCAGAGCUGGGUACCUUGAAUUUCUCUCCCUAGGACCCGGCGGGACGCCUUCUACUCCCAUGGGAUACCUCCGGACUGGAAUACUCAAAUAUCUGCCUACUCGUACCGGAAAACGCCCAAAAGUUGCAGGAAUCAUUCCUCAUAGACAAGUCACACAACAAGCCACACCCGACAUGUACGCUGCUCUUAAAGAAGAAAUAAAAAAACUUGCCCUCUCUAAUUCUGAUCGGCUUUAUGAGGGAACGUCAUGCUUCGAGAAGCAUAGCAUUGGUCUCUUCACUCCUCUCGACUUACCGAAUAGAGUUACAUGUAAUGGAGAAAUAUGCCACGCCCACCCCAUUGAUGGGAGCAUUCAUAUGACUCUUCAUCCAGCAGAUGUCAAGUUUGUCAUUGAACGGGGAUGGGGUGAGCGGCACCCGCUUGCUCGAGAUAGCUGGUGGUGGAUGUUUAGGCUUGUACCUACGGGGUUUGUCAUGAUAUACGCUCCCCGCUCGAAGGAGGAGUUGGACAGUGUGGUUCAAAUCAUCCAUGCUGCUUCUUGGUGGGUGAAUGGUAUUGAACCGCGCUGGUCUACACCUGCGAACAGCAGUCGGUGUGGGGUCGAUGGGGGAGCUGGUUUUAUCAAAUCUCAAGUUAGAACCUAA